AUGUCAAGAGAAGAAUGUGUUAUUUGCACAGAUCGUAUUAUUGUUUAUUCUGUUGGUGAGUGUAAUCACCCAAAUGUUUGCUAUAGUUGCUGUUUUAGAAGUCGAGUAUUGUAUAAUGAUUUUACAUGUCCAUUAUGUCGACACAAGAACCCUAUUGUUAUAUAUACUAAAAAACCAAUGUCAUUUAAAGAGUUAACAAAAUCAUCACCAGCUUUUCAAUUUAAGGAGUAUGGAGUUCAAACCAAUGAUAGAGAUGUUUAUAAAUAUUUAAAAUAUCUUCUUUCUAAUACAUGCAGAUAUUGUACUUCAGAAUUUUCUACUAUUGAGAAGUUAAAUGAACAUUAUAAAAAAAUACAUCAUGUUCAAUUUUGUUCUGUUUGUAUGCAAUAUCAAAAGUCAUUUACUUGCGACAAACAAGUAUUUACAGAUGAAGAAUUACAUGACCAUAUUAAAGAAAUAGAUCCAGAAACAGGUGUAAAGAAACAUCCUUAUUGUGAUUUCUGUAAUGUCCCAUUUUUUGAUCUUGAGUCAUUAUAUAAUCACCUUAACACACAACACGAAAGUUGUUUCAUUUGUGAUAAAUCAAGUGAUCAUCCAAUUUAUUUCCGUGACUAUGAUGAACUUUUUAAACAUAUGUCUACACAACAUUAUGUUUGUGAAGAUCCUAAUUGUAUUGCAAAAAAAUACAUUGCCUUUUCAACUGCAGAAGAAUUAACAAAUCACCGAAUUAUUUAUCACAUGAAGAAAGGAGAAAAAGUAAUUUUGGAAUCUGGUGUGUUUUUUACUGAUACGCCUCAAAGAGGAACUCGUUAUGGAAGAAGAAGAAAUAAUUUUAUUCCUAGUCAAUUUGAAUAUCAUAGAGAAGAUACUACUAAAAUAAAAGAAGAAAAAGAAGAGGAAGAACAUUUAGAUUUCACUGGUUCAAGUUUCCCAAGACUAGGAGGAAAUACAACAACAAAUCAUUCUGAGAUAUAUCAAGGACAAAUAACUACAGGAAGAAGAAAUCAAUCUCAAAAGAAAAAGAGAAAAGAAAAUAAAGAACUUUUCCCUUCAAUUGGGGAAAAUAAUAAUAAAGCAAAAAGUGAUAUGAAAGAAGCUUAUAAACAACAAGAAAAACAAGAAAUUGCUAUGAAAGUAGACUUACAACAAAAAAUGAAAGAUAUUCUUGGUGGAAGAUAUGAUAAAUUUGUCCAAGAAAAUGAAAUGUUUAAAAGAGGAGAUGAAACUGCUGCAAUGCUUCUUGACCGUUUUCAUAAAUAUUUUGCUGGAAAUCCUGAUGAAAAAGAGAUGCUUGCAGAAUUUAUUAAUUCAUGGCCAAAUACUAAACAAAGAAAUAUUUUAAUUCAAGUUGAUAAUCAAAGAAAUGAAGAAUUAGCAAAAAUGAAAAUGAGAGAUGAAAUGUUUAUGUCUGCUCAACACUGGGAAGAAGAACAACAAAAAAGAAUUAAGAGUCGAGCUAACACUCAAAUUAUUCCUGAGAGUGAAAGAAAGAAAAUUAUUGAAGAAGACAAAACCAAAUUAAAGAGAAAGAAAAAACAAGAAAAAGAACUAUUCCCCAGUUUAGGUGAAGGAAGAAACCUUCCUAUUUCACCAAAACCUUCAUCAAAAACAUGGAGUCAAAUUGCACGUUCAACUUCAAUAGAAGCACAAAAAGCAAAGAAAGAAAGAAUGGACCUUGAAAAAGCUCGACUAGAUGAUUCUAAAUUUCCAAAACUUGGUAGUAAGUAA